GCCCAGUCCGGCCCCGCCGCCGCGAUGAGGAGCUGUGCCGGGGCAGCCGCGCCGUGCGCCGCGAGGCACCGGCAGGGCGAUGGACAUGGUCUCUUCUAUGGACAUUGAACUCCCAGCUACCUAUGCCUAUUGCCUGUGAUGGAAGAACUUGAUGUUAAUGUGAGUUCGAGUGAGGGCUUCGGCGUAGUGGAGAAGAUCGUGCUGCUCACCUUCAUCUCUGCCGUUAUAUUGAUGGCCAUCCUGGGGAACCUGCUGGUGAUGGUGGCUGUGUGCCGGGACAGGCAGCUCAGGAAAAUCAAGACCAAUUAUUUCAUUGUUUCCCUUGCCUUUGCGGACCUGCUGGUGUCAGUGCUGGUGAUGCCGUUUGGAGCCAUUGAGUUGGUUCAGGACAACUGGAUCUAUGGAGAGAUGUUCUGCCUGGUCCGAACAUCCCUCGAUGUCCUGCUCACCACAGCAUCAAUUCUGCACCUGUGCUGUAUUUCGCUGGACAGGUACUACGCUAUCUGCUGCCAGCCUCUGGUUUACAGGAACAAGAUGACUCCGCUGCGUAUCGCUGUGAUGCUCGGAGGCUGCUGGGUAAUCCCAACGUUUAUUUCUUUCCUCCCUAUCAUGCAAGGCUGGAACAGCAUUGGCAUCAUUGAUCUGAUUCAGCAAAGGCAGUUCAACAAGGCUUCCAAUUCCACUUACUGCAUAUUCAUGGUCAACAAGCCAUAUGCCAUUACCUGCUCCGUGGUGGCCUUCUACAUCCCCUUCCUCCUGAUGGUGCUGGCCUACUACCGCAUCUACGUGACGGCCAGGGAGCACGCCCGCCAGAUCCAGGUGCUGCAGCGCGCCGGGGCCCCUGCCGACGGCCGGCAGCACCACCCCGACCAGCACAGCACCCACCGCAUGAAGACUGAGACCAAAGCUGCCAAGACCCUGUGCAUCAUCAUGGGGUGCUUCUGCCUGUGCUGGGCUCCCUUCUUCAUCACAAACAUAGUGGACCCUUUCAUAAACUACACGGUGCCGGGAAAGCUGUGGACGGCUUUCCUGUGGCUGGGCUACAUCAAUUCAGGGUUGAACCCUUUCCUCUACGCCUUCCUGAACAAGUCUUUCAGACGUGCCUUCCUCAUCAUCCUCUGCUGUGGUGAUGAGCGAUACCGAAGGCCUUCCAUCCUGGGCCAGACGGUCCCCUGUUCUACCACCACAAUAAACGGAUCGACUCAUGUACUAAGGUACACUGUUUUACGUAACGGGCAUCAUCAGGAACAUGAGAAGCUUCCCAUCCACAAUGACCCUGAAUCCCAAGAGUCCUGUUUCUAGCCACAGUCCUGUAAGAGGAAUGGCUCAGCUCAAGGAAUAGAUUCCUUUUAGGAAACCCAAAGGAGAGCAGGACUUUAUGAAAACUCAUUCAUCUGCACUGUCAUGGUACACCUCCUUCACUGACUUCAUAGGAAUGUCCAGCUCCAUGCGUGGAGAUGGAUGGGGGCGUGGGAAGGCACAUGAGCAGAACAGCUGAGGGGACUUGCCUGUAUCUGUUAAGGACAGCUGGAUUGUGACUGCAUCAGAACCGUACUCCAGGAGUGGGCCAACUUCCAUCAAUGUAAGGAAACACAUAGAUACAGAGCACCCAGUGCAGAGACUUCUGUUAUUCCUGUCCAGCUGCCAUCUGUCUACAAGCCAGCUCUCUGUCCUGCAGUAUCAUCGUCUUAAAGAUGACAAACUCUGGCUAAAGCCCUAACGUGGCAAUAGACUA